AUGAGUUCCAACGUAGAAGGUGAUGGCAUGUCGGGGAAGGAAUGGAAGAGCCGACUCGAAUGCUUUCCGUUUCAGCAGAGUAACAUCGGCAAACUCAUCAUAAACUACCUGGUAGAGGAGGGAUUCAAAGAGGUUGCCGAGGAGUUUCAACGCGAGUCCGGCUUCGUACCAUCCGUCAACCGGUCAACCGGUUCGCUUGACAUUCGAUUUCUGAUUAGAGAGGAAGUGCAGAACGGAUGCAUACAGGAGACGAUCCGUCUAGCUAAUCAGCUCCACCCGGAGCUGUUCGACAACGAUCCCUCCGUGUACAUUCACCUGCAAGAGCUCCAGUUCAUAGAGCUGAUUCGAAAAAGUCACGAAAAAAUCGAGGAAGCCCUUACAUUUGCCCAGGAACACUUUCCAAAGGCAAGUAUGAACGAUCUGGAUAACAUAGAACGCACGAUGGCCCUUUUGGCAUUCAAUCCGCCAUAUCAGUGUCCUUUUGCCGAUCUACUUGAGCCAGCACAUCGUCAAAAGAUCGCAAGCGAGCUGAACGCUGCCAUCGUUAAGAUUGAGCAAGAGGAGAAUCAACAGUUAAGCCCGUUGUUUAACAUACUGAAACUGAUCCUCUGGGUACAGAGCGAGCUGGAUAAGAAGACAGUAAAGUACCCGAAGAUGAUCGAUUUGUCGAUGGCGGUGAUGGACUCCAAUUAUCAGUCUUAGAUUGUCUCUAUCCAAAAUUGAAAGCAUUCUUAGUAUAAUCUCAACAAUAAACAUGUUUAUCUACCGGACUAGAAUCGAUUUAUAAAACUACGGAGCGUUGGCUCUCAUUAAUAUUUCAACGAAUUAUGGUGUUUCGGUUUGUUUAUGCUAUAAUCGGAAUCAGUCCGUAGCUUCACUUCAAGGAAGCAUCUGGUCCAACGCCACAUGUGCUGCAUAUCGGAGAAAAAAACACAUUCGUCCUCGGUUCAGUACCGAGAAGGUCCAAUAAGUGGAUCGUAGAUAUGAUGUUUGUACAAUUCUGUCAACUUGCCAGUUUCUCCUCGGAAUAUGGGUAUGUUUGCAAUGAAAUAUCAAACAUUUAUAAAUCAUAAAUAUCCCCGGCAUCAAUCUUCUUCGGGUCAGGUAUCGAUCGAACGGGGUGUCCUUCGGCGUUGCGUUCGGUCCGUAGUUGCGCGUCGUUGGGCGCAUCGCACAAUGCUGUUUCCUAUUUCGAUCGCUCUGUGUCGAGGGCUGCAUUGGAUUCGGUGCAGUGUUGUCCUUCAUUCGAACCCGCUUCCUGGAACACUGCCCUCAUACCACGAUGGAGCGCGGAUGUUGGAUGUUUGAUUUUGCUCUUAAUCGGUAAAAAUAAAUCAUGGCAGCAAGCAGCGUGUUUUAGCGAAACAGGCGAGAUUCGAUUGAUGGUUGGUUGAUGGCGUGCUUUUAAGGAUCCUUUUAGAUACCCUGCUGGAAACCGUGCGCUCGUACGGGGAAACAAAUUGAACUCGACAAAUCAGUAUUAGAGCUUCCUGGUUUGCCCUGCGGAGUGCGAUAAGCGACCGGAGAAUAGUAGAAAUCGCAAUAUUUUUUCCUCUUUCAGUGAGUGUUCCUCGAAAGAACGAAUCAUAAAAAUCAAAACUAUAUGGGAACUGUUACGGUGGGGGAAGUGGAUAGAAACACGAUGUGCACGACACAAAAGAACUGGGACACACAAUUACAGAACACUCUCUAUCGUCCUGAUGAUGGGGCGACCACACCACGACGGAGCACCGUGUGUUCUUGCGCCGUGUUCGCCAUUUUCGUCCCGCCGGUUACUAGUCUGCACAUACACGAGUGUUUUUAUCCUGUUUUUUUUUCGUGACAUAUUUUAGUGUAACGCUUGGGGCUAUCUCUUUGUGCCAGUUGCCACAUUCGGUGUGUCCCUAUUUCACGGUGUCCUAGCUGCGCUUUUCCGACCAUAUGUUCACAUGUGUUAUCUGAUUGUUGGCUUUCCCCU